GCUGGCAUUGGGAGCUCGGAAAUCUAAUAUGAAUACGCUUUUGGUAAAUACGUUGUAGAGUCGGAGGCGUAUACCGUUGGCCGGGAUCACCGACUCCUCUGUAAAUAAUGUCAGACAUGUGCUUAAUAAAAUCGGGAUACGUACGAAUUCGGCUGCAUUUUUAUACGUAUGGCUCGUGUUAAAAAUGUUUAUGUUAGCACCUACGUGGAAAAGAAAAAUUACUGUUUUAUAUUGAGGUGUUGCCAUUUAGUUUGCCUAGUUAUGUAGGCCGUAUCUUGCAUCAUAGUCUAAAGAUCCGUUAUGUCCAUCUAGGCAAAAUUCAGACAAGUCAUAACGUUCAACAAUGAAGAAUAGUUAUAUAUAUUUUUCACAUCUAAAACAUUAUAAAUCCGAUACUACAAAAGAGUGGAAUAUCAAAUUAAAAGACUUACAGAUCAUUAACUCAUAAUACAUCCGUUUUACAAUGGGGAUACAUUUUAUUUACCAAAAUACAUUAGGUGUAAUGUUUCAAAAUUUUGAUAAUAAUGGAAUCCAUUUCCUAAACAAAUAACUGUAAGUAAUUGAAUUUAAUUCGAUAAUUUCUGUGAUCUAUGUAUAAAAUACACUUUUUUGAACAUUUUUGUCGAUAUUUCUAUGUUGUAUUACAUUUGUAGGACACUUGUUUAGUUAUAGCUAUGAACUGCAUUGCAAUUUAUUUGAGUGUGGUGCUGAUUUACUAUCUUACGUAUAGUUUUCAGUGCCUGAAAGCAAUACCGGAGCGUGCUGAAAUAGUUUUCUACAAUUCUUCCAUCAUUGAAGAUAAUCCAACGUUUAACGUUCGUCGAUACAGCCGAAAGGGAGAAUAUGUUAUCAAUUUGGUUUUCGUUUCAACGGCUGUUAUGGACAAUGCCGUAUCGGUGGACAUAAUAUUCUACGAGUACCUUCACAACGAGUACAGGCGCUCGUUCCCGGAGAUGCACUUCAAGCUGUGUGAUUUGAUCAACAGUGACCCUUAUGUCGGUAAAACUAUGAGGGACGCUGGUCUCAGUUCCUGUCCUAUCCUUCCAGGAAAACAUGCUAUUACCAACAUGACGUUCAACCACAUAAUACCUUCAGUGUGGCCGUUCGAGAGAGGAAUGACGGAGUUCAUCAUCAAACAUACUAACACAUCUAGAGUGGCAGUCGGCAAACUGUUUUUAAAAUUUAAGCAAUAAAAAGUUAAAAAAUAAUCAAACAGUAAUUUGAUACAACCUGAAAUUAAUCUGUAAUUUUGUAUGAAUUUAAUCAGUAGAUGUGCUUGUAAGUACUUUAAAACCAAGGAGG